AUGUCUGGAAGGAACGCGCCGCGCUCAAAGAGUGGCUGCAGCACCUGUCGGCGGCGCAAGGUGAAAUGCGGCGAAGAACGACCCGUCUGCAAGCGAUGUCUGAAUCUUCAUCUCAGCUGUGAAUGGGGCGUUCCCGUGAAGCGUGGCCGCAGUGCUCAAAUUCGACAUCUUCAGCCCGCCCAAACGGCCCCGGAUCAGACGCUAUGGCCGGCGUCGGAAGCUGGUGAUGGGGUGGUGGACAUUUCGCCCGACGCGCUCCUCGAUGGCUUCUCACCAAUAUCAUGGCCUGGCGAUACAAUACCGUUGGAGCCUCCACACGUAACAUCUUUUUAUCCGCCUGUCGCCCCCAUCCGAAUAACAACGCCCCUCUACCCCCCAUUGGGCGGCAACGAGAUCGCAUGUGCGAACUCUCUCACACUCACCGAGCAUGACCAAAAAUACUUUCAAUAUUUCCCCUCCUCGUCCAUUGUCCAUUACUAUAUGAAAGGAUGGGAUUGGAGUAGCCUGGGUUAUCUUUACCAAGGUCCGGCUGCUACGAACAAGGUCAUCAUGCGAAUGAUCCUGGCCUUGUCCGCCAGCGACAUGUAUCGCCAUGGAUUGGCGGUCAGAUCGCCAGGUCGGCCGACUGCUGAAGAUCAUGGGCGUUUUCACUAUAGUCUGGCCGUUAAGGAGUUCCGGCAACUCCUGGAGACCCCCCGGAGGCAAGUCUCCGUGGCCGAGCUCGAGAUAAUAUUUGCCACCAUGUUCCUCAUGGUAGUGUACGAAUGGCAAUUUGGCAACUCGGUGCGCCAUCUACAGCUUCAUCUCCACGGAGUUCGGUCACUGCUGGAGUCUCACCCCCAGCUUUUCCGCAUCAAGGACGUCAAUGAUGUGUUCUUGACUGCUGACGACGAUCCGACAUCCCUGGAGGAUGCGGUCGCAGCAAAAGUUUCAUUUAUCCCAGAACAAUUUCUUCUAUGGAUGCUUUCCCGGCCCAUGGGCCUGACGGAAUCACUUUAUGAUUAUGUCAUGCAAUCCAAUAAUCCCGCGUUACAUCCAGAUCAUCUUCAUCGAUGUGCUCGUCUUUGGGGACGAUGUUUCUGGGGCAAGCGAUAUCCAGACCAACAGGUUUUGGAUGACAUUGAAAAUUAUCGAGCUCUGGAGUUACUACAUGCUGGUUUCACCUUACGCCACCGGACCUGGAAGGUGCUGGUAGACUCUGGGUCUGCUCCCGAUACCGCCGAGUCACUUUUCCGUGAGAUCAUUUCCACGCGUGAUAAAUAUUCUGACCUGUUCAUCACCGCCAAAUUCGCCGGAGCCGUUUCCGCCCGACGCACACUCAACACAAUAUACAUGGCUGUUUGUACAUUUCAUGCCCAAAUCCUGGCUCACCGUCGGCUACUUUGCGUAGACAGUUUACCGGCAGCUAUCCAUCGGCAAGCCACAGCUGGAAUCAUAGAUAUUGCCCGCAAGCAGUACGCGGCCGAUCCCCGACUACUACGACGUCUACACUGGUCUCUCCUGAUGGCCGUUAUCGAGACGGACGACGCUAACCAACAAGUAUGGCUCCGACAACGCCUUUUCGAACUACGAGGCUUCCACUCAGAGUACGUUUGGGCCAACGAGAUGGCCGAUGAGGUCCUGGCUCGGCAGGACGUGAGCCAGGGCUGCUACGUGAAUCUUGCCGAGCUACUGCUCCAGCGACUUCAUUCGCCAUGA